UGGAGAAACAUAUACAGUAUACACUAUAUUGCCAAAAUUAUUGGCACACCCCUCCAAAUCAUUGGAUUCAGGUGUUCCAAUCUCCUCCAUGGCCACAGGUGUAAAAAAAGCAAGCACCCAGGCAUGCAGACUGCUUCUACAAACAUUUGUGAAAGAAUGGGUCUUUCACAGGAGCUCAGUGAAUUCAAGCGUGGUACCGUGAUAGGUUGCCACCUGUGCAAUAAGUCAAUCAGGGAAAUUUCCUUGCUACUAAAUAUUCCACGGUCAACUGUUAGUGGUAUUAUAACAAAGUGGAAGCAACUGGGAACAACAGCAACUAAGUCAUGAAGUGGUAGGCCACGUAAAAUGACAGAGCGGGGUCAGCGCAUGCUGAAGCACAGUGCGCAUAAGUCGCCAACUGUCUGUA